UCUGAAUUGAGGUUAGUUUUCUGGGCAUCUGCCGGAUUGUGGAGUUCUGUGUGUGAAAAUGUCUGACGGUUGGGAUGAGAUCCAAGCGCUGAAGAGUAAGAGAAACAGUUUAAGAGAGCGUCUGGAGAAGCGGAAGAAGGAGCGCCAAGAUAUUCUGGGUGUAGGAGUCGGUUCCUCCUCAGUUGGGAGUCCUGGAGCGCAAUCCGGAAGCGGCGAGGAGAAGAAGACUCUCGUUCCGGUGAUUAAAAUAGAUGUGGAUGCCGAACCGGAAAUUGAGAAGAGUCUUCUGCAGAUUCUAAGUGAUAUCAGCCUUAUUCUGCCACUGAACUCACAACAGUUGUCCCAGAAAGUGGCCAAGAUGACACCUUGCUCGGCUGUAACAGUGUCUUUGCACUAUUAUCUACAGAAAUUGGCUGGCCAGAGCGCAAUCACAAUCAAGGAUGUCAGUAUAGACACGGAAAUGGGCUAUGAAGUCAUCCAGGUUGAUCAUGGGACUGUUCUGAGGCUUUAUCAAGAUCUUGCAGGAGAUGCAGACAACUUGCCCAAGUCUGCGGAGGAUGGUACAAAGAGGAAGCUGGAGGAUGACGAUUCAAAGCCCGAGAAAAUGGUGAAGACUCCGUCUGGGAGUGAGAAGAAGUCUUCUAAUAAGGAUUGUACCGACAUAAUGUCCCUUCUGUCGAUGCCAUCGACCAGAGAGAAGCAACACAAGCAAGUUGGAGAGGAGAUCCUCGAACUCUUGUCUAAACCCACCGCUAAAGAGCGCUCCUUGGCUGAGAAGUUCAAGUCUCACGGUGGAGCUCAAGUUAUGGAAUUCUGUCCUCAUGGCACGAGGUCAGAAUGCGAGAGGGCUCAUACAGCAGAAGAGGCAGACUCUCCAGCCGAAUGUAACAAGCUCCACUUCAAGAAGAUUAUCCAGGCUCACACAGAUGAGAGUCUGGGUGAUUGCAGCUUCCUCAACACUUGCUUUCACAUGGAUUCCUGCAAGUAUGUCCACUAUGAAGUGGAUUCUAUGGAUGCUGUGCGCCCUGAUGCAUCUCCGGGACGCCCUGGAAAACGCUCAAUUGAUCCAGCAGCUACGAUGUAUCCACCACAGUGGAUUCAAUGCGACCUCCGCUACCUAGACAUGACGGUUCUCGGAAAAUUCGCAGUGGUGAUGGCCGAUCCACCCUGGGACAUUCACAUGGAAUUACCUUACGGUACAAUGUCUGACGAUGAAAUGAGACAGCUCGGUGUUCCUGCACUCCAGGAUGACGGACUCAUCUUCCUCUGGGUCACAGGACGCGCCAUGGAAUUGGGCAGAGAGUGUCUGAAACUCUGGGGCUACGAACGUGUGGAUGAGCUUAUUUGGGUGAAGACCAAUCAAUUACAGCGAAUCAUUCGGACCGGAAGAACUGGUCACUGGCUGAAUCACGGCAAAGAGCACUGCUUGGUGGGCAUGAAGGGCAAUCCAACGAAUCUCAACCGGGGCCUAGAUUGCGAUGUAAUUGUAGCUGAGGUCAGGGCGACGAGUCACAAACCAGAUGAAAUAUAUGGCAUCAUUGAGAGACUGAGUCCAGGCACCAGGAAAAUCGAACUCUUCGGGCGGCCCCACAAUGUACAACCCAACUGGAUAACGUUGGGUAAUCAGCUGGACGGUAUUCGCCUGGUGGAUCCAGAAUUGGUCAGUCAGUUUGAGAAGCGCUAUCCCGACGGAAAUUGCAUGGCGCCCACGCCGAAAACUGGCCCAUAG